AUGGUAAGGUUGGUUUUACUAUUUGUGUGCGCAAUAAAAAUCUGUUUAUUCAUACAAAAUAUCCAAGGAACAACUGAAUAUGAUACAUAUUUUCAUAUAUUUUCAAAACAAAAUAUUGAUAAACCAAUAUCAGUCAUAUGGACAAAUAGCAAGAAAUGGUUAGAAGAAAAAUCAUUUCAGACAUGUUCUAUUAAAAUAAUUGCUCAUGGUUACGCAGAACGAUGGAAUAUGGAUUGGCGAUGGGAUUGGGUACAAGAUAUGAAAAAUGAAAUGCUUAGUAAUAAAACAAAAGAAAAUCUUUGUGUGAUAGCUGUUGAUUGGGAAAAAGGUGCACGAGAAGCUAAUUUUAUUACAGCUGUUGCUAAUGCUGAUAUUGCUGGACAACAUUUAGCAGAAUUUAUACAAAAUAAUCAUAUUGAUCCUAAACGUUUACAUUGUAUCGGAUUUAGUCUCGGUGCUCAUCUUUGUGCAUUUGCUUCAACGAAUUAUUUUGUAUUGACAAAGAAAAAAUCUAGAUUUGCUCGUAUAACUGGUCUGGAUCCAUCGGGACCACUUUUACGUAAAGCAUCUAUAGAUAAACGUUUAUCUCGAGAUGAUGCCGAUUUUGUUGAUUGUAUACAUACAUCAACUACAUUUGGUUUACAAGAAAAAAGUGGACAUAUGGAUUUUUUUCCUGAUGGUGGUAAAAGUAGUGCGAAAGGAUGUGAAAAAUUUAUUCAAAUUAAAGAUGAUGAUGAUGCUGAAGUUGAAAAACGUCAUCGAGUUAAACGAUUAUUUUUUACUAAAAAUAAAGAUGAUGAAAAUGAAGAUAUACCACAAAAAGGUUUUAUUGGAAAAAUACGUGAUGGAAUAGGACGUUUAAAUCCAUUAAAAAAAGUUUUUCUUAAUAUUCAUGCUUAUAUCGGUUGUAAUCAUCUUCGAUCACCACAUUAUUUUAUCUCAUCAAUUAAUGAUUGUAAAUUUCGAGCGAAACUCUGCUCAACAUGGGAGGAUUAUCUAUUAUUGAAUAAAUGUAGUGAUUCAACUGACAAUGAUUUAACUUAUCCACGUAUGGGUUAUCAUGCUGAUCAAAGUGAUGCUAUUUAUCGACGUGGGGAUGCUAACUUCUAUUUAAAAACAGUGUCACAAAAACCUUAUUGUUCUGCCUCAUCUUCGUCAACUAUUUCUAAAAAACAACUCAAAGAAAAAACAUCCGUAAAAUCGAAAUUAAAAAAAAAACUUUCCAAAGUUCUUCCUAAUAAUAAAAACAAAACAAAAUAG